UUUGGUCAUAGAGUAUAGAUUCUGAAAUGUCAUGUUGAUAUGACGUUUGUUAUUGUGUCAUAUGUGACAGUCUUUUUCCCCAUACUUGUUGUAGCCACCGGUAAAGUAGUGGUCAUCCAAAAUGGGUAAGGGAAAUAAUAUGAUCCCGAAUGGGCACUUCCACAAAGAUUGGCAAAGAUUUGUGAAGACUUGGUUUAACCAACCCGCUAGGAGACACCGCAGAAAACAAAACAGAAUUAAGAAAGCUAAGGCCGUUGCACCAAGACCCGCGGCCGGGCCUCUGCGACCUGUUGUGCGUUGCCCCACUGUUCGCUACCACACUAAGGUCCGCGCUGGCCGCGGCUUCACCCUCCGAGAAAUUAGGGCAUCUGGUCUGAACCCUGCUUUUGCCAGAACCAUUGGUAUUGCUGUUGAUCCUCGCAGACGCAACAAGUCUGUAGAGUCCCUCCAAAUCAAUGUGCAGCGACUGAAGGAGUACCGUGCCAGACUUAUCCUCUUCCCUAAGGGCAAGAAGGUCCUGAAGGGUGAAGCCAACGAGGAAGAACGCAAGCUGGCGACUCAACUGCGCGGCCCUCUGAUGCCAGUACAGCAGCCAGCUCCCAAGUCCGUCGCGCGCGCCAUCACCGAGGAAGAGAAGAACUUCAAGGCUUACCAAUACCUCCGCGGCGCUCGCUCUAUCGCUGCCCUGGUGGGUAUCCGCGCCAAGAGGCUGAAGGACGCUGCUGAAAACCCUGAUGACGUGACUAAGGCGCCUACUGCUGUUAAAGAUCCUAAGGCAAAGAAGUGAUUUAAUACAUAAAAUCUAA